GGGAGUGCGCGUGCUGCGUGCGCGACGGCGCGUGCCCGUGCGGCGACGUGGCGCCGGCGCGCUGCGCGCAGUGCGGCCUGGAGCAGUACUGCGCCAACAUGUGCAACAUCACAAUCGACUCCCGCGUUUUGAAGACCAAGUCCGGCAAGACUUUCGGGCAGAUCAAGUCGCCUUCCAUCCAGGGCCCGGGGGCCUGCUCCUACUUCCUCCAGCCAGAUGCUGGCCAGCGGGUGGAGAUCCAGCUGUACCGGCUGGUCUCCGUUGGAAGGUUCAAUGGUACCAGUUGCGAAGGAGGCUGGCUGCAGCUGAGCGGCGCGAGCGCAGUGCGCGCGGCGGGCGCCGGCGGCCCGGCCGAGACCCGCCUCUGCGGGGCCAAUGAGCGAUACACUCCGCCAGUUGUACUGUUCGCGGACCAUGGCGCUUCCACGUUGGAGUUCAGGAUAACGGAGAAGACUGACCGGUCGCAGUUCCUCGCAUUCUUCAGCUUCACAUCUCUCAGCAACACGCAAGGAGUUGGCUUCCACCCGAGCGGCGGGUCUAGGAUCCCACUUACAGAUUGCGACUGGUUGUACCAAGACGUGUCGUGCCGCGGCCCCAGCCCGUGCGUGCUGGCGAGCCCGGGCUACCCGGGUCUGUACCCGCCGCACCGCCGCUGCCGGUACCUCUUCGCUACCAACUCCGUCAACACCAGGGUCAAGAUCAUCUUCACAUCGAUACUGCUGCCUAGAAAUCACUGCGCCACGGAUUACCUAACGCUCCGUGCUGGCAACUCGCCCUCCGCUCCUUUGCUGGCGACGCUUUGCUCGGAGAGAAGCGCUACUUUGGAGCAGCCCGGACCGAACCUAUUACUAGAAUUCAAUUCGGGUCCGCUGGUGCCGCCGUACGACUACAACGGAUUCAUCGCGCGGGUGGUGUUCACGGACGGCGUGGACGGCAGCGUGCCGCCGCCCACGGUGGUCGCCUCGCCGCCGUUGGCUGCGCUCACGCAUCAUACGUCGCACGAAGACAGAUUGUUAGACUUGGACAGCAACUCGGUGACGAACGAGAUCUCGAGCGUGGGCGCAGGAGGGCGCGUCGGGUGCGGCGCGCGGGUUCGUGGCUACGGGGCGGGCGGAGCGCGUUCCGGACACUUCGACACGAGAGCGUCCGCGUGGCGCGCGCAGUGCGCGAUACACCUGCUGGGCACGCCCACUGACGUCGUGCAAGUUACGUUGUUUAAUUAUAAUUUAAGGUUACAAAGUUGUAGAUCUCAUAUUGAGAUCUUUGAAGGACUUCACGAGUUCCCCUCGCGAGAGAGGGGUGAGCGGUCGGACAGAGCGGACCGGACGCUGCUGAGAGUGUGCGGUCCGGCCGUGAGGGAGGCAAGGGACCCGUCGGGGAGGUUCCUGGUGCGGCAAGCAGUGAUAUCCAAGGGUGCUAACUUGACCAUUUUGGUGCGACGCGCGACUUCGCAGAGCGCUGAUGACGAAGAAUUCCUUGAUGGUGCUUUUGCGUUUCAUGACGAGCAACACGAAGGCACUGCGUCUCCGGACGCUACGUGCACGGCCACGCACUACGGGCUGGCAGCGCCAUCUCACGGCGGCGUGGCUGCACCAACACACCAUCAUGUGUUCUGGAACCUAGAAGAGCGGCUGGUCUGCACGCAUCGCUUCAUACCGGCAGCUAACCAGAGCGUCACCAUUGAGAUUCAGCGAUUGGAGCGCAUGUGGAGCGCCGAGCCGGCCGGGUCCGGCGCAGCGGGCUGCCGGACGGCGUGCGGCGACGCCGGAUGCGAGUGUCGCGCUGCCACUCCGCUACACUACCACGACCAUGUCGCGCUAGUGGCGGGCGAUGGCACGCACCUGUCCUGUCUGUGUGGCGACUUUCAGGCGGCUUGGCUGCCGGUGGUGGUGCGCAGCUGGACGAGCAUGCGACUCGAGUACUCGGUGGCACACUACACGUUUGCGAGCCGAGGCUUCGACUACGCCGCCGCCUACAGCUUUAACGAUGACGCCAUGUGCGGACAGCGCACCUUCACGACGCAUUCUGGUGAAAUAUCUUCACGAACCGUGCCGGUUACUGGCAGCCUCAAUGAGUUCUUUUACCAACAAUGCACUUGGGUGUUGGACUCAAAUGUUGAAAGACAACUCUACAUUGAUAUAUCCUCAGAACAGGACAAGUCGUGUGGGUCAUGGAACAUCACCCUGCACGAGUGGGCCGGCGCAGGCGCCGGUGACGCAGGGCUUGCAGCAGCGGCCGGAGACCGGCUGUUCACAUUCUGCGCACGCUAUAAGAACCACACCUACUCUCUGCCCUACAAACAAAACACUGUCGUCAUAAGACUCGUGGCGUUGUCGCGGCAGCAGCCGCUGUAUACGAUCCGCUGGCGGUCGCAGGUGGUUCGCGCGAACACGCGCCUGGGCCCGCCGACGCCCGCGCCGGCCGCCUCCGCCACUGAAAUCACCACACAUUUACACCGACUUCUACUCUACGCGCUCAUCUACGUCAACGCUCAAACUUUCCGGCCAGUGACUGUGUGAUUUAAAUUAUUCAGUGAAUCUCGGUGGCUGUUUUGCAUAUUUACUCAUUGAAAUUUAAAUUUUUUGAAGCCGUGCGAACGAUGUGUAUUGAGUGCGGCGAGGAGACUGUUUCUUUACUAAGGUGUAUCAUAAUGGUCUUCAGUUUUGUAGAAUUGAUAUUGCAUGGAUAUCAGAACCUAUAACAACUGAAGUUUGAAAAUGAUACUGCUAAAUAACUUUUUCGUUUAUAACACAGGGUCAUUGUAUUUCAUGUUACGUAAGUUGACUUGUUUUAUUUCAGCACUUCUAGUUGCCGAUGUUUGCUUUCGGUUAAAGUUUAUAGGAACAUAAUUUGUUAAGGAUAAACACAUUGCAAAGCGCUGUAUCAAAGUAGUUAGAGAAUGACACUGGACAAUUUAAAUAACCGUUAUAUUUAUUUGACAUUGUAAAUACAUAUAUUCAAGUUCUUUAAUAAUACGUAAGACGAUGAUAAGAAUUUAUAAGUUUAGAAUGUUUAGUGUCCAACACAAUACAUGUUACAUUGUUUGUUUUAAAUAUUAGUAUUUAAUGUAUUAAAUAUGUAUGUACGUCUCGAUGUCAAUUAUGAUAUUUGUUGAUAUUAUGUUAGACAACCCAAGACGCUAUGUAACUUAAUAUUGGGACGGGCUUUAUUAGCAUAGUCGCUGCACUAUGAUUCAAUUUUAUUGUGACUUGCAUACAUUUGAAUUAAAAUAUAUAGGUAGUUUAUACAUACCUAAAUCAGUAGAAAACCUACAUUUUCUGGAUCAUGACAUUCGUGACAUAGUUGAAAUAGGUAUAUUUUAGCUUGAUUUCAGAUGCUAUGAGACAUACAUAGUUAAAUUUACUUGGUUAUAAAAUCGGCACGUCUUUGUUGAUUGAAGAGUAAGACUCAAUUGUUCUUAACCCAUUCGCUGACACUACGUCGACAGCCGAACUACUGCUUGCAGAAAGGACAUACCCGUAUAUGUAUUUUCCGUGACAGUACGUCGACAGGCGGAGCACUGUCAGCGAAAGGGUUAAAUAAUGUAUUGUGCACAGAUUUUUAAUUAAAUAAGUAGCCAAACUUGUUAAGGCAUGAACAUUUCUAGUUCAAUGCGCACACAUUCUUAGAUCAUACACAAAAGUAACCGAGACUGGCAGUCGCAUAAACAAUAUCUCAGUCGUGUAGAAAACUAGAAAUUAUAAGUGUGACCAGCUCAGAAACUGUACUGACUAGGCUAGAGCAGGAGGUGUAUUCAGAUAAAAAAUAUAGUUAUGCCAUUGAUCACUGCAUCCCCCAAGUGUCUGAUGCAUGUCAAGAGUGUGAGUGAACAGAAAUAAAUGAGUUUUUUUUAAAUAUCCGAAUGCACCUCUAUGAAGUUAAUUUAACACAAGUCCCUCUAAUAGAAAUUCAGUUGACGCCGGAAGUCUGUGCUUACAAAAUAUUUCUGUUGCUACAACGUGGCUUAUUUAACUUGAGGAAUCGUUCGCAAUAGUUUAAUGGAUUUUAAGCUUUGAUAAGCUCGUUUACGCGAGAAUUUACUUUGGUCCUGGCAAUAGUUUUAUUUAUUUCUUGCAAUUGCGCUUAAACUGAUUAAAGGUGACCUUUAUUCUUAUAGGCACAGUCCA